AUGGCUUUCGACACACCUCUCACUGCGUCAUUGAAGCCGUCGGCGACCGACAAGACUAGCUAUGGUUUUUGGCUGACAUAUCCAACCGCGGCUGUGGCCAAGACCAUCCUGCGCUCGGCCUCAACGUCCGGCUCUGGCCGUUUCUCCUGGGUCCUCGUCGACGCCGAACACGGCCUCAUCGCCGACCGCCACUACUACGACCUCACCACAGCCAUUGCGGCCGAAGGUGCCAGCCCCAUCAUCCGCGUCCCCUGGGCCGAGGAGUGGAUGAUCAAGCGCGCCCUCGAUGCUGGUGCCCAUGGUGUGCUGACGCCCAUGUGCCACACGGCCGCUGAUGCCGAGCGCAUCGUGCGUUACGUCAAGUAUCCGCCGCGAGGCUCGCGUGGCUACGGACCCAUGUUUGCCGUCCACGCUUUCAGUGAUGUCGCCGGCGGUGACCACUACGAUCUCGACGCCGCCAACAGCAUCGUCGUAGCCGUCCAGAUCGAGUCUCGCCAGGGCGUCGACAACGUCGAGGAAAUCGCCGCCGUCGACGGCCUCGACAUCCUCCUCAUCGGGCCAUUUGACCUCGCCCUACAGAUGGGCGUCGUCCGUGGCGGCCCCGAGCACGAGGCUGCCAUCCAGAAGGUCCUCCGCGCCGCCAAGGCCAACGGCAAGACCGCCGCCAUUUUCUGCUCCAACGGCGCACAAGCCCGCCAGCGGGCCACCGAGGGCUUCGACAUGGUAUCCGUCAUCACCGACGUCGGCGCCCUCGGCGAGGUCAUGGUCGGACAUCUAGGCAUCGCCAACGGCACGGCCAAGGAGAUAGCAGCAAAGCACAAUGGCUACUAA